CUUUACGGUAGGAUCUUUGGGUGUCCGUUGUUUUCCAAUCUUGAAGGACUUUGCCUCGUGGCUAUCACCCAAUUGACUGUCACUCAUCAAGGACAACGAAGAUGAGUCGAUGGAUACAACUAUUGAUUCCAUCACUGUUGGCACUACUAGUAGCAGACACAGCUGCCGCUCUCAGCCCGAAUAUUGGUACUGUCACGGCAUUGUUUCAUCACAGAUCACAGCUGGAUGCUACCAUUAGCAGCAAUACGGGUGGUGAUCCAAGCAAGGGUGAUGUCAGUGUCAGUGGCAGUGGCAAUGCCAUGCAGAUUUGGUGCGAUUGGCGCAGAUCGUCAUUGGAUGACUCGGAUGUACAUCGUUCCUAUAUGGAUCAGUGCGAUGCUCUGAUCGUUGACAAGGACGACAUCAACAAUAAUGAUCACAACAAUCAUCACCCCGCCAUUGUGUAUUACGUGGACAAGACGGAUGAUCCCUAUUCGGACAGACUGAUAUCCAACAACAGUCUGGUGGGAAUCAUGGUGAAUAUCACCACCGAACAAGGCCAACAAAAGGCUCUCCAAGCUAUUGGAUCUGUGGACUGGAUUCUGGCAUAUACGGGUACCGAAUCUAUCAUCAAAAACGAGAGCAACGAUAGUAAUGAUCACAAUUGGCGCAUGAUUCCUGCUGAAAACUUGAUUGGAGCCGCCGCUCAAACGAGCACCAAGAUUGCAUUUUGUGUCGACCGGACAUCCGAUGUGGUGGGCUUGUCACAGGCACUCCAGCUGGGAGUCGAUGCCUUGUGUCUAAACAGCAAAACAGCGGUAUCCACAGAACUAUGGGAGGCCGUCCACCAAGCGCAAAAGCAACGGCGACAACAGCAACAACAACAAUCAGCCAGUACUACUAGCAGCAAAAAAACAGCAGACACAGAACCAUCCAUAGUACCAGGAGUUUGCUGGCGCAUGCCUCUCCAAAAAAGUAAUAGUGUCAUUGCCGACCGCGUCUGCGUGGACUUGGUGCGCAACUUAACUCCCACCGAAGGCAGUUGGAUUGGCUCGUCCUCCAAAAUGAUGGCACUGGUGCUGAGCGAAGCGGCGACAUCUUCCUUUGUGCCAUCUCGACCCUUUCGUGUCAAUGCCGGACCGGUCCAUUCCUAUAUCGCCAUGGCCAACGACGACAAUGGCAGUAGUGCUACUAGUACCAAGUAUCUGUGUGAAUUGCAAGCCGGAGAUCACGUGCUAGUGUACGACUGUGCGACGGGCCAAGAACGAGCCGUGGCCGUGGGGCGACUGAAAAUAGAAGUUCGUCCUUGUGUGCUGGUCGGGCUGCUACUGGAACAACUCCAGCAAGAAGAAGAGAAACCAGGUCAAAUCUUUUUGCAACAAGCCGAAACCGUGCGGUUGGGUCAAGAAGGAGGCGGCCAUGUCCGAGUGACAGACUUGGAAGUGGCUUCGACAUCCAACCGCAACGAUGUGACGAUGGUGGAGAAGGAUCGACAACGUCCCGUCUUGCUCCGUGUCACAUCCACUGGAACCCACGUGGGUGGCAGGUAUACUGGUCAAGUGGACGAAAAGUAACUUGCUUAUAGCAAAAGGAACUGUAACAACAGCAUUG